AUGCCGAUCAAAGACACGCUAUUUUCAUUGGAAGACAAUCAAAGGCAGGUUAUACCAGCGUGGUCGGGCUUCAACAUCAAACUACGCGAGGACAGUGUCCCACGUGAAUGUUCAGUUGGUUAUUGCCAAGUUAUUGAAGCAAGUCCCACAGAACUUCCCACAGUGUAUACAGUGUUGCAAAGAUCUUUACAAAUGGCUGACCAGCUAGGGCAACAUGAUGUAAUUGUUGUUUUCGAUAAAGCGAUCUACGCAAAAGCACUUGAAGUACUAUGGCAGAAAAAGGACCAGUUUCAGCGAUUGGUUGUCCGGAUUGGCUCCUUUCACACCAUUUGUGCCUUCCUUGCUGCUAUUGGCAAGCGAUUCGGAGAUUCCGGCCUUGCAGAUGUUUUGGUUGAAAGUGGUAUCGUGGGCUCAGGAUCUGUGGCUGGGGUUAUUGAAGGUCGUCACUAUAACCGAGCUGUACGUACACAUAAGGUACACAUAGCUUGAUUAGGUCUUUAUAGAGUUGACUGGAUAAUAUCUUGAUGAUUCCUACAGGAUCAUAACUUCACUUUCAACUUUUUUAAUCGAUGCUACGUAAAUAAAACAAACAAAUUUUUUGAACCUUUUGUUAUUUUAGAUUGUGUUUGAAGCAAUGCAACGACUACAGUGGAUGGGUUUCAAGUCAUGGCUGCAACGUAGUGGUCACCGUGGCAACCGUAUGAUCCUUGUCAGUGCCAUAGAGGACAUCCGCUAAGAGUUUAGCACAGAAAAAUUUAACAGGCUGCUGUCCAUGCGGGAUUUCCUAGAAAUUUUCAAUCUUUACAAGGAAUACUGUAAAGAAGACAAUGGUAUGCUAAAGGUGUUUUGGAAUAGCUUCCUGGAGAUGGUGGAGGUACUGAUAAAUUUCUUAAGAGCAACCAGAGAAGGGAACUGGGCCAUGCAUCUUGAAGGCAUCAAGGAGAUGCUACCAUGGUUCUUCGCCUACGACCAUACUAAUUAUGCUCGUUACCUUCCAGUGUACUGAGCCCACAUGAUGUUGCUACCAGAAACUCACCCAGAGGCACAUACCCUCCUGUUAAAUGGUGAUUUUUGAGUCCAACGAACAACAUUACAUGGAUUUUCACAGAUACCGGUAGAUAAAACAAUUGAGCAGACCCUGAACAGAAGCACUAAGACAAAGGGAGGAAUUGUUGGGUUCAGCCUGAGGAAAGGUGCUGUACAGGGAUGGAUGAUUACUGCUCACUCCCGUGCUGCUUUCGUAGACAAGUGUCGGAAGAUGACAACAAAUGUUGAAGAAAGCCAACGCAGACUGCACAAAAGAGGCAAGCCCAGCUCGCAUGAAAAGAGAUGA